AUGGCUUUCAUACUCAAAAGCUCGUCAAUUCUACUGCAUGUGCUUCUAGUCUUUGGAAUUUGGGCUUCUCAAGCCUACUGCCGCACUUUGCCUGAUGCUAAGGUCAAUGUAAUGCUAAAGAGGCAUGACCAGUGGAUGGCUCGUCAUGGACGUGCCUACAAGGACCAUGCGGAGAAGGAGAAGCGUUUCAAGAUAUUCAAGGACAAUGUGGAGUUCAUAGAGUCUUUCAACAGGGGUGGGAAUCAGCCUUACAGUCUAAGGAUCAAUGAAUUUGCAGACCAGACUAAUGAAGAAUUCUUGACCUCGCGCAGUGGAUACAAUUUUCAGUCUCCAGAUCUCAUGUCAUUAUCUGAAUCAUCAUUUAGAUAUGACAAUGUGACUGCAGUCCCAUCCAGUAUGGAUUGGAGGGAGAAGGGAGCUGUCACCCCUGUCAAGGACCAGGGUGACUGUGGAUGUUGCUGGGCAUUUUCUGCAGUGGCAGCUACAGAAGGCAUUACGAAGCUGAAAACAGGGAAGUUGGUAUCUCUUUCUGAGCAACAGCUAGUCGAUUGUGACACUCGGAGUGCAGGUUGUCAGGGUGGUCUAAUGGAUUAUGCCUUUAAGUUCAUCAUCCGCAACAAAGGCCUGGCAGCUGAAGCAAACUACCCUUAUCAGGGAGUUGACGGGAUUUGCAUGAGGAACAGGGAGGAAUCACCUGCAGCCAAGAUCACAGGCUAUGAGGUUGUGCCGAAUAAUGAGGAGGCUUUGUUGAAGGCCGUGGCGAACCAACCGGUCUCUGUUGCAAUUGAUGCCAGUGGAAUUGCCAUGCAGUUUUACUCUAGUGGGGUGUUCACAGGACAAUGUGGAAGUCAAUUGGAUCAUGGAGUAACUGCAGUUGGCUAUGGAACAAGUGAUGAUGAUGGUACGAAGUUUUGGCUAUUGAAAAAUUCAUGGGGUAGAAGCUGGGGUGAAGAUGGGUACAUAAGAAUCCAAAGAGAUGUCAAUGUUAGGGGAGGUCUUUGCGGUGUUACUAAGCAAGCUUCCUAUCCUACUGUUGACUUGUAAUUGAUUGCUUUCUGUCCUGAAAUUAAAUAUUAA